AUGGGAAAAAUUAUUGGCAUAGGCUUUUUUGGCCGCGUGUACAUCGGCUCAGAGAUCGCCACAGGCCGAGAGGUGGCGAUCAAGGUGAUGCCCAAGCAGCGCGGCAAGCUGACGCGCGAGCGCACCCUGGAGAAGCUCCUGCUGGAGGUUGAGUCGCUGCGCACACUGCAGUCAACGCCCAAUGCCGUGCGCCUGCUGGGAGUAUUUGAGGACGAGGAGGAGGUCCAGAUGGUGACAGAGCUCUGCGCGGGGGGAGAUCUUGAGCAGCUCAGCGAGCAAGUGGGCAACCUGCCGGAGCGUGCCGUGGCGCUCAUCGCGUACGAGGUGCUCAAGAUUGUCGACGCCUGCCACGAGGCCCACAUCUUGCACGGCGACAUCAAGACGGCGGUACCCUAG